AUGAAGCUGGCGAAGUGGUGCUGGCUGAGCUCGGCUGUCCUUGCUGCUUGUGGUUUUUUGGUUGUGGCAAACAACGCAACAGAGGAAAUUAAAGAUGAAGUGGCCCAGGACGCCUGCCCGGUGAGACUAGAAAGCAGAGCGAAGUGCGAGGAGGGAGGCGACUGUGCCUACCAGGUGAACCUGCCCCCGCUGACUAUUCAGCUCCCCAGGCAGUUUGGCAGGAUCGAGGAGGUGUUCAAAGAAGUCCAGAACCUCAAGGAAAUUGUAAAGAGCCUGAAGAAGUCUUGCCAAGACUGCAAACUGCAGGCUGAUGACAACCGAGACCCGGGCAGAAAUGGACUGCUGUUACCCGGAGCUCUGGGAGAAGCUGGUGACAACAGAGUCAGAGAGUUAGAGAGCGAGGUUAACAAGCUGUCCUCCGACCUUAAGGAUGCCAAGGAGGAGAUCGACGUGCUUCAGGGUCGCCUGGAGAAGCUGAAUCUUGUAAAUAUGAACAACAUAGAACAUUAUGUUGAUAGCAAAGUGGCAAACCUAACAUUUGUUGUCAAUAGUUUGGAUGGCAAAUGUUCAUCUAAGUGUCCCACUCAAGAACAAAUACAGUCACGUCCAGUUCAACAUCUUAUAUAUAAAGAUUGCUCUGAAUACUACACAAUAGGCAAAAGAAGCAGUGAGCUCUACAGAGUUACACCGGAUCCCAAAAAUAGUAGCUUCGAAGUUUUCUGUGACAUGGAGACCAUGGGGGGAGGCUGGACAGUGCUGCAGGCACGUGUUGAUGGAAGCACCAACUUCACCAGAACAUGGCAAGACUACAAAGUAGGCUUUGGAAACCCCAGAAGAGAAUUUUGGCUGGGGAACGAUAAAAUCCAUCUUCUGACUAAGAGUAAGGACAUGAUUCUAAGAAUAGAUCUUGAAGACUUUAACGGUGUCAAACUCUAUGCCUUGUAUGAUCACUUUUAUGUGGCCAACGAGUUUCUCAAAUACCGUUUACACAUUGGCAACUAUAAUGGCACAGCUGGAGAUGCCUUACGUUUCAGUAAACAUUACAACCACGAUCUGAAGUUUUUCACCACCCCGGAUAGAGACAACGAUCGAUACCCCUCUGGGAACUGUGGGCUCUACUACAGUUCAGGCUGGUGGUUUGAUGCAUGUCUUUCUGCAAACUUAAAUGGCAAAUAUUAUCACCAGAAAUACAGAGGUGUCCGAAAUGGGAUUUUCUGGGGAACCUGGCCUGGUAUAAGUGAGGCACAACCUGGUGGCUACAAGUCCUCCUUCAAAGAAGUCAAAAUGCUGAUCAGACCCAAGCACUUUAAGCCAUAAAUCACUAAUGCUCAUUCUUUUGGGUAUUCAUUACCUAAUAGGGCAAUUAAUUCCUUCAGCACUUUGGAAUAUGUUUCAUACUCUUU